AAAUGUGUUUUACCUAAAAAAUCUUAUAUUUAGAAACAGAGGGAGUAUGUGUUUAUCAACAUUCAUAUUCAUAUUUUCUUAAAGACCAAUACACAAAUACUACCAAAUUUACAACAUUUAUUUUAAGAGAAAUUCUUGGGUUCACCUCAUAGGUGAACAUAUAGGUUCACCAACCAAUGAGAAUUAGUUAUUUUAUAUACAAAUUUUUUCAAAAAAAGAAACAUAAUAUUUAGAAUAUAUUUAAAAAAAAUAAAAGGAUAAAAAUAAAUAAAAAGAGUAUUAUCAAUAAAACAUGAAUUUUUAACAUUGUUAAAAUCGUUCAUACUAAAUCAUAUACCCUAAAUCCUAAACACUAAACCUUAAACCCUUGAUUAAACCCCUAAACCCUUAGGUAAAAUAUAAAAAAAUAAAUAGAAAAUAGUAGCAGCCAUAAAAAAAAAAAAUUCUUUAAUGUUAUUAAAACCGUUUGUACUAAAACCUAAAUCCUAAACUCUAAACCCUAAACUUUUGGGUAAAUCCUAAACCCUUGGGUAAAGAGAUAUUCCAAGGCUUAUGAGUCUAUCCAUGGGUUUAGAAUUUACCCAAUGGUUUAGGGUUUAGUGUUUACCUAAUGGUUUAGGGUUUCAUGUUUAGAUUUUAUGGUUUAAAGGUUUAGUGUUUAGUAUGAAUGGUUUUAACAAUAUUACAAAAAUGUUAUUGCUAUUACACUUUUUUAUUUAUUUUCUAUCAUUUAUUUUUUAAAAUAAAUUCUAAAUAUUCUAUUUCCUUUUUGAAAAAAAUUGUAUAUAAAAAACCCAAUUCUCAUUGGUUGGUGAAACCCAAGAAUUUCUUUUAUUUUAAUUAAUUUUCUAUUAUUAUAAAGGAAAUUAUUCCUUUUUUUUUUUUCCUUAGAGUAAACAAGGACAAACCCUAAAACACCAACAACCGUUUAAGAAAAACCUAUCAUGAUGACGCCCAAAGUGGAGAUGAUCGGUUCCAACAAAACGAUACGCAACGACCCUAUGCUUAUCCUCGACCUGGUUAUAUUGGUCAUGGAACGAUUAAGCUUUGUUGAUUUUCAUAGAGCUAGAUGCGUUUCUUCAGUAUGGUAUUCGGCUUCAAAAUCAUGCCGCAUGAGACAAGCAAAUCCAUGGUUCGUCCUCUUUCCUGCAGACGUGCUUCACUUACCUCUGGAAAGCAUCGACGAUUCAUGUAAGUUGUUCGAUCCUAUUGACCAGAAAACAUACACCAUAAGAGAUCUCGGUUCUGAUAUCCUUAGGACUUCUUGUUUGGCAAGUUACAAUAGCUGGUUCCUCAUGUUAGACCGUAAAACACGUUUUUAUCUUUUGAAUAUGCUCACUCGAGAGAGGAUUCAUCUCCCGUUUCUUGAUUCAAUGGAAUCAACCGACGGAUCAAAGUUGAAAUUCAAGAGAAAUUUUGACUCUAGUUUCACGGUUACAACAUUCCGUUACAAUAACGUACCAUUAUUAUCAACGUGCUUUGGAAUAGACGCUGCCGUUUUGUGGGUAGAUGAAAGAAACAAAGAUUAUCUAGUUGUGUGGGCUUUUGAUCGCACUCUUGCAUAUCACAAGAAAGGAGACGAUAGCUGGAGGGUGUUUCGGUCAUCAACGAAUCAAAGCUGCGUCGAUAUGGUUUUUAAAGAAAGCAAGCUUUACGUGCUUGUUGAAGACGGAAGCAUCACUACUUUUGAUUUCUCUUGCGGUGAUUCUCCUAUGGAAUUUGCAAGUUUCACCACGUCACCAGAGUGUUGUGACUUCGAACAUCUUGCUGUGACUUUGUCUGGACAAGUUUUGGCUAUUUCAAGUGAGGAGAGACACUCAUAUGACCUGUACAAGAUGGAUCCUAAAUCAUCAAAAUGGAGUAUAAUCAAGUCUCUAGGGGACGAAGCAUUGCUUUUGGAUCAACGAAUAACGGUUCCAGCCAAAGAUGGAGUUUUGAAAAAUUGCUUAUAUUGUAGUUAUAGUGAUCAGUUUCGUAGAGACGAUGAUUAUAACCUACGGGAGGAUGAUAACGGCAUUUGCGUCGUCAAUAUUCAGACCAAUAAUGAAGUUCAAUUGUUCAACCAUCUUACUGCUUCGUCGCCACUACCUUUCAAGGAUGCUCGUUGGUUUAUUCCCACUUUUGGUGGAAAAUGAUUACUUUAAAUUAAUUUACUUAUCUUUUUCGUAAGGCUGAAUGAUUUUUUUUUUCCUUUCUAUAAAUUUAUGGAACAAGAGUUUUGGUGAUUUUAAUCUAUAGUUGUAUGCGUUUCAAAUCCAAAGUGUUUAACUAGAAAUCAUACUCAAAGAUCUAUUAUAGUUUUAGAAUAUCUCAGAACACUAGAGAAAUAUGUUCAUGGAGGACUUAACUAGAAAGCAAAGAAUCCAAUCUUAAAACCUUUGUAGAUAUCCUUAGCUCUUAAUCUCAAUCUAGAUCAGUAGAUAAUGUUUGCACUUUUCUUUUCAGGUUUAAGAUAUAGUAUGUUGCAACAAAAUUAUAUAACAAAAUUUUAUGAACAUUGAUAUUUUGUUAAGAACAAUACACAAAUACUACUAAAUUUACAUAAUUUGCUUUAUUUAUUGAAGUUUUUUCUUUUGAUAAAAAAUAUCAUUUGUUGGAGUUGGUUAAUGUUUAUGUCA